AUGGUUUACUGGGUAAGUCCGAUAGGUCCGAACGAGUUGUUUAACAUGAUAAACAGGGAGUUUAAAUAUGCAUGCAUCACCGAUGUUAUGUUCCUACUGCUACUUGACGCGCGAGCCAAGGAGCAUUACAAUGAGAGUCACAUAAUCACCGCCAAACUUGCUCAAAGGGACAAGGAUGAAAUGUACACGGUGUCGUUGGACUACGAGUUGGAGUGCCGGACGAACAUCGUCGUUUACGAUCACUCUACCACCGAAUCCGACCUUAUAAACCAAGUUGUCACACCGGCUUUGCAGUGCGCCAAAACCAUGUGGGAGUGUAGCAAGCAGACGUCCAUACAAGUCUUAACAGGCGGCUACAAGGAUUUUUCUGCCUUCUACCCAUUCCUUAGGACAAGAAAACUAUUUUACUUGCCAAAGGCAUGUCUUAAAUUAAAAUUUACUCAUUUUGACAAAAAAUCAUCUUAA